AUGUUUAACUGCGAGAUAUGUGAAAAAGUAUACGUACAUAAACGCGCUCUGAACAGACACGUUAAAACUCAUGAUGGAUCGACGAAUUCGUGUGGGAUAUGUCUCAAGGUGUUCAGUCGGUGGUCCAACCUCAGUAUCCACGUUCAAAAUCACCAUACGAUCGCUAAAAACACACACGAAUUCCGUGACGCUGUACGAGUAGGUGGUGCAAUGGGUCGCGCAUCAGUCAUAAAGUGGGCACCCCCAGCCACUUCACCGCAUGCUCGACCAGAUGUUCUGACUCCGACGGUCAUCUCGUCACGCCGUCGUCGUGCGGACAUACCUACCCCCCAACCUCAAGCCUCAUCAUCGUCAUUGUCCAGCCGCACACCGAUUAUCGUUUCCCCGCCACCCGCACAGGCUAUCGUCGACGAACCCGACACAAGAUCCCCCGCGACCGCCGCACUUCCGCUUUCGCUUUCACCGCCGCCAACCGGGGAAUUUGUUGCUCAUACAGAAAAUACUCCGAAAAACAUCAAACGGAAAAAGUCACGUAUGCUAAGGGUUAAUAGGCCGGGCUUUAUUGAGAUCGAGUCUUCGCUCAAUCGUACUAUCGUGUGGUAUUUUAGGAAAAAUAUCGAUAAUGUGACAAGUUACCGAGCUUUCCUAAAUUCAAUAGAGUCCGAAUUAAUCGCGAAAUUACGCGAGUGCGGGCGUAUUAACCCGAUCAAAUACAACCUGAAAUUAGAGGCCACAUAUGUCGUACCAAAUUUACACAAUUCAGAUCAAAACCGUGCGUUUAAAACUUCGGCCCGCGAAUUAUACGUGCACAGUAAUGUCGAGGCGUUGGUCGAUCGCGAUUUCACAAGGCUCCUGGGGGAAGAAGACUCUUACGCCGGAAAGUAUAGCGGGUUCACCUUAUCGUGUAUCGACGGACUGCUCUUGGGUGUGUACGAAUAUACGCCUAUGGGGGGAUCGUCGUACUUACCGUUGCCGGAGAGUAUUCUGAACCGGAAGGCCGUUGUCAACCCGCAAAAUAUUGACCGGCAAUGUUUUAAGUGGGCUAUCCUCGCCAAACAUGUAUCUAACGAUCGCACACGAGUAGGUGCAAAUUAUUCGAGGGAAGAACACCGCUACGACUUUUCUGCACUAUCGACCCCCACCCCCGUGUCGGAGUUAAUGUUAUUCGAAAAGUCAAAUCCCGGGACGAGCGUCAAUUUAUACGGCGUAAGAAAAUGCGCGAAAAAUAAAAAAAAUAAAAAGUCGUCCACACAAUCCGUCGCAUAUCCACUGCGCGUCGUAGACGAAGAAAAGGAAAAUCAUUUCGAUCUGCUCUUACUCACCGGGAAGGAUGGUGACAACCAUUAUGCUUAUAUUUCGAAUUUUUCGCGCCUAGCAAGUCCGCAAAAAAAUAGCCAUGAUCAUCGUUUAUUUUUCUGCAAGAGAUGCUUCGCCAGCUUCGACAAUCAACCUCUGAAAUAUAAAUUACACGGCGAACGGGCGUUGGCUAAGCAUCGAUUGUUAUGCGGCGAGCACAAACCCGUAUUGCCUCUAAUGCCGAAAGAAGGGGACACGCUCAAAUUCGAGGCGUGGCGUAAGACUGAACGUCUACCGUUCGUAGUGUAUGCCGACUUUGAAGCCCUACUACUGAAAACGGACCGGAGACAAGGCGCGAAUACCACUGCGAUACACACACACCACCCCAUGAGUUACGGCUACCUGGUCAUCGCAGCGGAGGGGGUGCCGACAGACUUGUUCGACCAGUACGAUAUACCGCGGGCUCCGGUCAUUUUCCGUGGUUCGGCGACCGAUGACGAUGUGGCCGAGCGUUUUGUCAGCGACGUGCUCGGCGUGGCCGAAAAGAUAGCCAGAUUAUACAAAGAAGUAAUUGUACCGAUUAUUAUGAGUGUUGAGGAUAGUCGCGUGCACGGCGUCAAGAUAAUGUGUGACUUGUGCGCCUGUGCGUUUAGUGAGCACAACUGUAAAACAGCACACCACGACCACUUGUCGGGACGUUUUCUAAAAACAUUGUGCAACACGUGCAACCUCAAAUUAAAAACACCUAAUUUCGUACCAUGCUUCCUACAUAAUCUGUCCAACUAUGACGCGCAUUUUAUCGUGACGAAUUUGGCGAACGGGGGUGACACUAACAGAAUUUCGGUAAUCGCGAACACGGAGGAGAAAUAUAUCUCAUUCUCGAGGUAUAUUAACAACUCGUUCUCCGUCAGGUUCAUAGACACGUGCCGGUUCAUGGCGUCGAGCUUGGCACACUUGGCGGAGAACCUCACCACCGCAAAUUUCGACAAGUUUCGCGAAGUCGCGAAAGUGUUCGCCCCUUCGGAGAUGGAGUUGGUCACGCGGAAAGGCGUAUACCCGUAUGAAUAUACAGAUUCGUGGGAUAAAUUGGACGCUACGUCGCUGCCGGAUAAGUUCCAAUUCUACAGCGCGUUGACGGAGACGCACGUGAGCGACGAGGAUUAUAGUCACGCGACCAGAGUCUGGAAUCAUUUCGGCUGCACCUCACUCGGCGCUUAUAGCGAUUUAUACCUUAAAGUCGACGUGGUGUUAAGCGCCGACGUGUUCGAGAAUUUCAGGGAUAUAUGUAUGGCCACAUAUCACCUGGACCCCGCGCAUUACUACACGUCGCCCGGAUUCAGUUUUGACUGCAUGCCAAAGUUUACAAAAGUUCAACUUGAACUUUUAACUGAUUUCGAGAAAGUUCUGUUUACUGAGGCAGGGACGCGCGGGGGUCUGGUGCAGGCUAGUAGGCGUCACGCUCGUGCCAACAAUCCCGCGACGCCGGGAUACAAUGCCGACGAACCUAGCACGUCUCUCAUAUACUUGGAUGCAAACAAUUUGUACGGGUACGCGAUGUGCAAGUAUAUGCCUAUUAGCGAUUUCACAUGGUACCCAGGGAAUCCGGAAGUCGCGCUGGCCCAGCUGGAGUGGAUGGGCGAGACGGACGACGUGGGUAGAAUUUAUGAAGUAGACAUCUCGUAUCCUCAACACCUGCACGACGCCCACAACGAUAUGCCGUUCUUGCCCCACGCCAGCAUACCACACGGGUCCUCAGUGCGAAAGUUGAUGGUCACUUUUUUGAGGAAAGAACGUUAUGUAGUUCAUUAUAUGAAUUUGAAACAGGCCAUGGCCCACGGUGUGGUAGUCGAAAAAACACAUAGAGUGUUGGAGUUCCGCCAAUCCCCGUGGUUAGCGCCAUACAUCAAUUUUAACACCGAAUUACGCAGACAGGCGGCGAACAAAUUUGAAGAACAAUUUUUUAAAGAUUUGAAUAAUUCAGUGUUCGGGAAAUCGAUUGAAAAUAUGCGGGCCAGAUUCAACUUGGAACUCGUAUCUUGCCCCGCCAGGAUGCGAAAGCUGAUAAACCGUCCCACAUUCAAGUACUGCACGACGUACAACGAAAAUCUAUCGGCGGUCACGCAGCACAGUAAAGAAGUGGAUUUCUGUAAGCCGAUAUAUAUAGGAUUUACCGUACUGGAACUCAGCAAAGUUCUAAUGUACGGAUUUCACUAUGACGUUAUGAAGAGACAUUACGGAGAUAAGAUCGAAUUACUUUACACAGAUACCGAUUCACUAUUCUACCGCGUGGUGACAGACGAUUUUUACGCCGACUUGAUAGACAACCCAAAUCUGAUGCGGUUCAUGGAUACUUCCAAUUUGCCGAAAGACCACAAAUGUUAUUCAACUUUGAGGAAACGGGUGCCGGGUCUUUUUAAAAACGAAACCAAUUCCCGUACAGUCUACGAGUAUGUCGCGUUACGAGCGAAAUCGUAUGCAUACGACGUGGAACAGGAGGUCACAAUUCGCUCGAAGGGUGUCAUGAGGCACGUUAUUAGAAAUCACCUCACAUUCGCCGAGCAUAAGAGGUGUUUGUUUGCCGACGUGGAUGACGAUGCGGAAUCCGACGAGUGCGACGACGAAUUCGACGCAAAUAUGGGGAAAAUGUUCGCUGCCGAUUCCGCACUUAAAGCUGUCGCUCAAAUUCAUCGGAACGCCUCAACCGACUCAACCAACUCGUCGACGGCGGUCACGCAUCCAUCCCACGUCUACAGCUACAUGCCAUUCACGCCGUAUAGGGAAAAUGUGUCUAUACGCUCGUUUAAGCACGAGUUACGCACAAUUAGAUCUAUGAAACUCGUCUUGAACAGGGCAGACGACAAGCGUUACGUGUUACCGGACAACAUUUCGACGUACGCGCACGGUCAUCACCGCAUAAAUUAUUAA